AUGGUUCUCGCGUCCUCGCGCGCAUACACGCAUAUCGACGCGAAGGUCGACGCUAUUACGAAGCUCCAGGCCGAGUUCGAGGCGGGCACCGAGAUCCCGGACCCCGACGCACUCGUGCAAGUCCUGAAGGCGUGCCUGCGCAUCUCGAACCAACACCUAACCACUGCGACGCUCUCGGCCCUCCCUCCGUGCAUCCCGCUGCUCGUGACGCGCCACCCUGCGCAGAUCCCGCUGCCGUCCUCGUCGACCUCGCCCGCCGCGUCGACGUCGUCCGCCACGUCGUCUCCGGUGGACGCACACGCCCUCCGGCAGGUGCUCACGCAGCUCAUGCCCGCGGGCGGGGGCGUCGUCGACCGCCUGGGAGACAGCCGGGAGCGUGCGAGGGAGAAGGCGCGCGAGACCCUCGUCGUCAUGGGCGGGUUCGCGUUCCGGGCGGGCAGCACGGGCUCGCACAUGGGCCGGUCGCGUGACGGGAAGGGCCCGGAGAGCCCUCUUCACCUCUUCGAGCGGUUCCUGCGCGAGGGCGGGAUGACGAGCAAGGUUGCGCGGGUGCGCGAACAGGCGAUAUUGACACUCGUGCACGUGCGGCGCACGCAUCACCUGUUCCCGCUCCGCCCGUACCUGCCGCACUUGGUCGACGCGAUGGAGGACACGGACCCGACGGUGCGCGAGUGCGCGAAGCAGUCCGUCGUCGAGCUGUUCACCGGGCCGGGGGCCACCGACGCCGCACGCGCGGACCUCAAGAAGGAGAUGGCGAAGAAGGGCGUCCGGAAGACCAUCGCGGACGGCAUCCUCGCCAGGGUGCUCGCAGGGGGUGCUGGGGCAAGCACGCCUGGGACGCUGAGCGACGCCGGAUCGGAGAACGGGGACCUCGCAGGGGCAGCCAGGGAGUACGUCCCGCCGAGCAUCGCACUGAUGAAUAGGAGACCUGGGCCCACGGUCGCUGGUACCGCUAGCGGCACGAUGUCCCGCGUGGUCAGUCAAGGGAACGCACGUAGUGAGAUCCCCAGGCCAGCCAGUCGCGCCGCGGUGAUGUCCCCGUCCGGAGAGGGUCCUUCCGCCGCCGCCGGUGCAGGAUUCGACGCGAAGGCUGUCUACAUUGCUUCGAGCCGCGACCUUGAGAACGAGUUCGCUUCGAUGCUACGGCCGUUUGAGGGAAAGGAGACGGAACACAACUGGGCCGACCGCGAACGCGCGAUCCAGAGGGUCCGCGGUAUGUUGAAGGGAGAUGUCCACGAACGGUAUACAGACACGUUCCUGCACGGCUUGAAGAAUGGUUUCAUGGAGGCCUCGCUCAAAACGCUGGCAAGUCUGCGUACGACGGUCUCUGCGAACACUUGCGCACUCUAUAGCGAGCUCGCUAUCGCCCUUGGCACCGCACUGGACCCGUUCUGCGACCUACUGUAUACCAAUCUUCUCAGGAUGGCGAACCUCACGAAGAAAAUUGCGGCACAGAUCUCGCAGGCGACUGUCGCUACUCUCAUCCAGCACACGUCGGCCCAGCCCAAGACCCUCCUCCCCCUGUUCUGGAACACGCUGCAAGACAAGGCAAUCAACACCCGCGCAUAUGUUGUUGCUCACGUGAAGACAUUUCUGGAAGUCCAUGGCGCGCGCUCAGCUCAUGCCAUUGAGAGCCACGGCGCCAUCGAUCACCUCGAGAAGAUUGUCAAGAAGGCGCUCGGCGAUGCCAAUGCUGGGGUGCGGGACAGUGCGCGGCAAGUCUUUUGGAUUUUCCAUGGGAUCUGGCCAGAGCGUGGCACUGCGAUCCUGCACUCCCUAGAAUCGGUGGCGCGCAAGCAGUUGGAGAAGGCGUGUCCGAACCCUGACGCGCUAGCCGCCUUGGCCACAGUCACGACGCCGCCCAAGACCAAGAAGAGCAGCGUCGCGGCCGCAAUUGCUGCUAGCCGAGCCAAAGCCAAAGCCAUCGCGACCGCGCCUCCAUCCUUGAGACACCAGGCGACGUCGACGUCCCAUACAAUCCGCGCGACGUCGCCACCAACGAGACGGCCGACUUCCCCUGCGCUAUCCACGAGCAGCUCCACCAGCGCUGUCCGCGCUACAUCCCCUGUUUCGCGCUCGUCUCCGCCGAGAUCCAGGAUCCUUUCCGGCGGCACAAUCUCUCGGUCAACAAGUGCCAAUGUAGUCUUGAGCACGAGUACAAGCACCCCGCGGAGCCCUCCCAGGCAGGCUCAGAGCGGCUCGCCGCCGUCGCCUACACCCGACCAAACAUUCCACCGGCGCCUGUCCUCACCACGCACGCCCCUGAGCCCUUCUCCUCCCACUUCAAACUCAACGUUCCGGAAGGCAGUCGAGACGGCGUUACCGGCGUCUCCUGUCCAUCCCGUCACCAGUCUUGCAGCCUCUCCAACCCCACGGCCGCCCAAAGUUGGCGCGGCGGCAGUGCCCGUCUUCCAUCGUGAGUCGCUAUCUAUAGCAGGCCUGCACCAGCUCGCCGGGUCCGAGGAGGAGUCUCUGCUUUUGGCGACGAACAUCCCCGUGCCUGAAGACAGCGACUCAGAUAUGGACAUGGACGAGUCCGUCAACCUCAUAUCGUUUUCCACGCCGUAUGAGGUUUACCCGCCCGCACCGCGAUCAACUUCGCAGGCAAACUCGUUCUCGCCCGUGUCCACGGGGUCCAAGCGGCCGCUGUUUUCCAAUGCGCUGUCGACAGGGACAAGCUCGCCGCCGGCAGGCGUCGCCCAACCGAUCGUUGAAGAUGCUAUGCGUGCGAGGGCGGAGCAGGCCGAGAGCGCGGCCGAACGCCUGCUUGAGCUUGUUGAGCCCGAAGAGGAGGACGCGCAUCCGUCUCCGCUCCCGGCCGCCCUCUUGCUGCGCAAUGGGGAGGGCCAGGGUGGAAGGCCUAAACCUAGGACGAGCAGUGAGAGUGAGAGCAGCGUUCCCACAGUCCCGAAGACACCAAUCAACAGACGGAGUGCCGCAAUCAUCAUGCAGCGGGCGGCGCUGUUCCAGGACAGCCCGGCCUACAAUGGGAAAUCGUCUUCCCUCUUCUCGAUGGUUGACGGCCGGGACAGCGCGCGGCAGUGGUGGGCGAAGAGAAUGGCGCUGCUCAAGAUGCCAACACCACACGAGGACAGCGGGACCCCGGAUAGGGAGGAAACCCUCAGGUCGUUCAUUGCGGCGCUGGAGCAAGAUACCGCGGACGUCGCCGUGCUCACGAAGCUCGCCCAGCUGUGCAUCCAGAAUCCCGUUAUAGAGUCGCUCUCACCCGUUAGCCCGGCUUUCUCCGCCCCUCUCACUCCGUCACCGCUUGAUGGAUCUGCGCGGCAGCUAGCCCAGAGUAAGUCUGCUUACUGGACACAGGAUAGACUGUUCGAUCAGUUGUUCAAUGCAUUGGUCCGAUUUUUGGACCCUCUGAAGAAUGCCGAAGAACUAGAGUACGGCUUGAUCGUUUUGUGGGAAAUGCUGGAGAACCAGGCGCCUCUCCUCGAGGGGCGCGAAGCUGACAUUUUCGGCGUGCUUCUGCAAAUCAGAUACUGCGGGCAGAUGAACGUGAUGCAAGCGACCAACUUCUUCCGAGACACGCUCACGAGUCGCAUUGAACCCGUGUAUGGGCUGACGACCCUGCAUGCGGCGCUGCGUGCGUUCCGGGAUGCGCCCCUUCCUCCUUCGGCGACCACGGAGAUUAGGGAUGGCACGUAUGCCUUCGGCCUGAUCGCCCUUGGCAAAUUUUUCCUGCGUCUCCCAGCGGAGGUGCUGGAAGAGGAAUUACCUCGAUUACGGUUCACCCUCAUCUCGGCCUUGACGGAGAGCUCAGGUACGAGUGCGCUGGCUGUGCGCGAGGCCGCCACCGCGGCGACCAUCGCUGCCCAGAUGAUCCUUCGCGACGAGACCCAUCUCUUCACGCUUCUCGAUGGCCUUCCGGACGAGAAGAAGAAUCUUCUCACGUACAUGUUUGACAAACAUGGAGCGCGGGGUCCCAUCAGCGGGGCCGUGAUGUCCCCGAUGGAUAAACUGGAACGCGAGAUGCGCAGGAUUGACGGCCGUCUGAGCACACCGCGCCGCGUUUAG